AUGAAUUGGAUGAAUAAGAGCAUUCCACAGGAGUUCAUACUUCUAGGUUUCUCAGAUCGACCAUGGUUGGAGUUUCCACUCUUUGUGAUCUUCUUGAUUUCUUACAUGGUAACCAUCUUUGGGAAUCUGACGAUUAUUCUAGUAUCACACCUGGAUUCCAAACUCCAUACUCCCAUGUAUUUCUUUCUUACCAACCUUUCAGUCCUUGAUCUUUGUUAUACAACAAGCACAGUCCCACAAAUGUUAGUAAAUUUAUACAGUACUAGGAAGGUAAUUAAUUAUGGUGGCUGUGUGGCUCAGCUUUUUAUGUUUUUGGCUUUGGGAGCUACGGAAUGUGUUCUCCUGGCCAUGAUGUCCUUUGAUAGAUUCGUAGCUAUUUGCCGACCUCUCCAUUACUCAGUUAUCAUGCACCAAAAGCUCUGCCUACAGUUGGCAGCUGCAUGCUGCAUUACUGGUUUUGGCAACUCAGUGUGGUUAUCUAGCCUGACUCUCCAGUUGCCACUCUGUGGCCCCUAUGUGAUAGAUCACUUUCUCUGUGAAAUCCCGGCACUGCUCAAGCUGUCCUGUGUUGACACAACAGUAAAUGAAACUGAACUUUUUUUUGUAAGUGUGAUAUUCCAUAUAAUACCCCUGACACUCAUUCUCAUAUCAUAUGCUUUUAUUGCCAAGGCAGUGUUGAGAAUACAAUCUGCUGAAAGUAGACAAAAAGCCUUUGGGACAUGUGGUUCCCAUCUAAUUGUAGUGUCACUUUUUUAUGGGACAGCGAUUUCCAUGUACUUGCAGCCACCAUCACCUGAUUCUAAGGACAGGGGAAAGAUGGUGUCCCUUUUCUAUGGAAUCAUUGCACCCAUGCUGAACCCCCUGAUAUAUACACUUAGGAACAAAGAAGUAAAAGAGGCCUUUAAGAGGCUACUUGCAAGAGUCUUCUGA